GCAAGGAAUAUAUUUUCCAAAAAAAGAAAUGCCACGUUUUUACGAAAAAUACAUGAAACAUAAGGUCUUUAUCAGCGAGCCGAUUCGCGAUAAGCCUGCGACCGAGCUGCCAGGAAUCGGCGAAACAGUGGGCUACAAAUUGGCCCAGGCGGGAUUUGAAAAGGCUAGCACCGUUCUGGGCCAGUUCCUCCUCUUAAAGAUGGACAAGGAUUUAUUCUGCGAUUGGAUGUUCAUAACCUGUGAGGCGAAUCGCAAGCAAUGCCAAGAUUGUUGGGAAUGUCUGCGUAAAUGGUGUACCACCUUUCUGUAA